AUGUCUAUCUCUCGCAUGAAGUCUCUCAAAUUCUGCUGCCUUCUUGUCCUGGGCCUCCUCCAUCUCAUUAACAGUGCAGCUUCACCGGCAAGCGGCUAUGGUUACACACCAUGCAACGGUUCGAUUGCAGAGUGCAACGAAGAAGAAGAUGAGCAGUUGAUGGAGUCAGAGACAAGUCGAAGGUUUCUUGCAGAACAGAAAAGGAUAUCAUAUGGGGUUCUGAACCCAAACCAGCCAGUCUGCAAUGGCGGAAGUAGAGGUCAAGCGUAUAGUAAAAAUGGAGGCUGUCUACCUCUCCCAUCUAAUCCUCCUAGUAGAGGUUGCUCUAAAUAUUAUCGUUGUAGGACUGGCUCCUGA